GAUGCAGCCGCCGCCCCGAAAAGUGAAGCCGGCCCAGGAGGUGAAGCUUCGCUUCCUGGAGCAGCUGAGCAUCCUUCAGACCCGGCAGCAGAGAGAGGCAGACCUACUGGAGGAUAUCAGAUCCUACAGCAAGCAGAGGGCGGCCAUUGAACGGGAGUAUGGGCAGGCACUCCAGAAACUGGCUGGGCCAUUCUUGAAGAGGGAAGGACACCGGAGUGGGGAGAUGGACAGCAGGAUGGUGUUCGGUGCCUGGCGCUGCCUGCUAGAUGCCACCGUGGCUGGGGGCCAAGCCCGGCUCCAGGCAUCUGACCGAUACCGUGACCUGGCUGGGGGCACGGGGCGGAGUGCUAAGGAGCAGGUGCUUCGGAAGGGAGCAGAGAACCUCCAGAGGGCACAGGCUGAGGUGCUGCAGUCUGUCCGGGAGCUGAGCCGAAGCCGAAAGCUGUAUGGACAGCGGGAACGCGUCUGGGCCUUGGCCCAGGAGAAGGCGGCUGAUGUUCAGGCCAGGCUUAACCGAAGUGACCAUGGCCUCUUUCACACUCGGACCAGUCUUCAGAAACUCAGCACCAAGCUGUCUGCCCAGUCGGCCCAGUACUCCCAGCAGCUGAGAGCAGCCCGCAAUGAGUACCUGCUUAACUUGGUGGCCACCAACGCCCACCUUGACCACUACUACCAGGAAGAACUGCCGGCCCUGCUCAAGGCUCUGGUCAGUGAGCUGUUAGAACACCUGAGGGACCCACUGACCUCACUAAGCCGCACAGAGCUGGAAGCUGCAGAGAUGGCCCUGGAGCAUGCUCGCCGCGGGAGGCAAGCGACCUCCCAGGUAAGCUGGGAGCAGGAUCUGGAGCUUUUUCUUCAGGAACCUGGAGUGUUUUCCCCCACCCCACCUCAGCAGUUUCAGCCAGCAGGGAAUGAUCAGGUGUGUGUCCUGGAGCUGGAAGGGGGUGCAGGAGGUAUGGCAGGGGAGAGUGGCCUGGAGAAAGAAGUUCAACGCUGGACGAGCCGAGCUGCCCGAGACUAUAAGAUCCAGCAUCAUGGGCAUCGGGUGCUGCAGCGGCUGGAGCAGAGGCGGCAGCAGGCUCCAGAGCGAGAGGCUCCAGGCAUAGAACAGCGGCUGCAGGAAGUAAGGGAGAGCAUCCGACGGGCCCAGGUGAGCCAGGUGAAGGGGGCUGCCCGCCUGGCCCUGCUGCAGGGAGCUGGCCUGGACGUGCAGCACUGGCUGAAGCCAGCCAUGACCCAGGCCCAGGAUGAGGUGGAGCAGGAGCGACGGCUCAGUGAGGCCCGGCUGUCCCAGAGGGACUUCUCUCCCACGGCUGAGGAUGCUGAGCUGUCUGACUUUGAGGAAUGUGAGGAGACUGGGGAACUCUUUGAGGAGCCUGCCCCCACAGCCCUGGCCACGAGGCCCCUCCCCUGCCCCGCCCAUGUGGUGUUUGGCUAUCAGGCAGGACGUGAGGACGAGCUGACCAUCACAGAGGGCGAGUGGCUGGAGGUCAUAGAGGAGGGAGAUGCCGACGAAUGGGUCAAGGCUCGGAACCAGCAUGGUGAGGUAGGCUUUGUCCCUGAGCGCUAUCUCAACUUCGCGGACCUCUCCUUCCCUGAGAGCAGCUGUGACGGCGACAACCCUUUGGGGGCAGAGCCCACAGCAUUCCUGGCUCGUGCACUGUACAGCUACACUGGACAGAGCGCCGAGGAGCUGAGCUUCCCUGAGGGGGCGCUCAUCCGCCUGCUGCCCCGGGCCCAGGAUGGAGUGGAUGACGGCUUCUGGAGGGGAGAAUUUGGGGGCCAUGUUGGGGUCUUCCCCUCCCUGCUGGUGGAGGAGCUACUUGGCCCCCCAGGACCAUCUGAACUCUCAGACCCUGAGCAGAUGCUGCCAUCCCCUUCCCCUCCCAGCUUCUCCCCUCCUGCACCCACCUCUGCUGUGGAUGGAUCCCCUGCACUUGUCCUGCCUGGUGAUCAAGACCUGGACUGCCCUGGGUCCCUGGACAUGAUGGCACCUCGACUCAGGCCGAUGCGUCCACCGCCUCCCCCUCCGGCUAAAGCCCCGGAUCCUGGCCACCCAGAUCCCCUCACCUGAAGCCAGGGGGAGUCUCCAUCCCCCAGUGAUGCUGCUGCCCCAUCUCCGUGCUAUCAGACUGCCCCUUCCCAUGGUGAUCCAAAGCGACACAGUCAAAUGCUGGAAUCUCCCUGAUUUCCAUUCUCACCUUCAGGGGUAGACACUACUUCUCUCCCCAUUUCUGGGGCUGGAACCCAUUCCUUUUUCCCCAUGAUCCUUUAGCCAUCUCUAGGGCUGAAACUACCCCUUCUCUUCUGCCACCACCCCAUCUCUAGGGUGGUGAACUACCCUGAAAUCUCUGGGACUGGAAUUUGUUCCCCGAAGUCUUGAAUGGCUCUGGCUCAUUUGUGUCUCCACCCUGGUUCUGUGAACCAUCCCACUGCAGAUGCCAGAGCCACUGGGGUUGGGGCCUGGGACAGGGAUAGGCCUGUCAGAAGGAGCUGGAGCCAGUAUGCAAAGCAGCUGUAAUGGUCUGAGCAGAUUUAUUGACAGUGAAUAAAGGGCACAAAGCCCGAGCCAGGGCCUGGGCCUCUUGUGCCAAGAGGGCAGAGGACCUAAGGUGCUAUUGCUUUAAGGGCCCACCAAGGGCAGGGGCCUACUCCCAGCCGCCACGCUCUAGCAUAUGGAGUGAGGUGAUGGGGAAGGUAGGUCAGGUGGCCUGAGGGCAGGCAGGGGAAGGGGAGGAGGCUGAGGGCCAGGGAUGAGACUUCUCCCCAGGUACCCCCAGCCUGAGACUGUGCAACUCCAGGUGGAAGUAGAGUGGGUCCCUCAGCUGGGGGGCAGUGCUGUCCAGGGGAGGGGAGGGGCUUCAUGCCCAACCCACUCCCUGGCCUGCCAGCUGGUAGUCCGUCAGCACAGUGAAGGAGGCGGCUUGGAGGAAAGGAAGGGUGACUGUUGCCUCCUAUUCCAGCGGAGCCCCCCGCUUUUCCCCAGAGGCUGCAGGACCUUCCCUACCCCCUGGAGCACAUGGUCACUCCCCACCACCGAACCAAGGAAUAUGUACUAAAGGCUGAGCCUGCAGUUGACCCCAGGGAUUCAGGGAACUGAUGGGCUGAGGUAGUUUCAUAUAGGGGUUGGGAGGAUAAGAUUGACUUGGGGCCCAGGCAGACUCACCUCACAUACCCCCUGCUCCCCGUGGUGGGGACACCUGAGAGAGAGGAGGGGUGGACAAUGAGAGAACAGGAGGUGGGUCAUACCAGUGGCCUCGCAGAACAGGAGCAAUAAGAGCUCAGCCCAUUGCAGCGCUGGCCAUGUCUUCAUACCUGGUGAUCUGAGGUGUCCUGUUUGCUUGGCUGUCCGUUUGCUUCUUUUCUGGCUGGCCCUGGGCUUGGGCCCCUCCCUCCAGCCCCGAGCAUCGGCUCUGUAGAGGCUCCAGGGUUCCCCUCAAGUGCACGAGGGACUCGGCUGUUGUCCCUGAGUCCUCCAUUCUGCAUGGGGGUGCUGGCAAGGGCCGGGGGCUGCGGCCUCUCAGGGGGAAGGCUUUCGAUGGCAGGCAUCCCUGUCCUGGGCUGCCCUCCCCCAGGCCCCUGGCCGCCUCCUGGGUCCUGCGCGCCACCAGACCCCCAGCUCCUGUCCGUAGGAGAGCCAUCACGAUGCUCAUGCAGCCCAUAGCGCUUCUCAAUGUGCGUCACCCGGAACCUGGGAGGGGAGGGGACACUGGGGCUUAGGGCCAACUCUCAAAGACUGCUUGGCCCUUUCCUCUGGUCAGGGACAUCUUGGGUUUGAGAGCCAUGUCCUUCUGAUCUAAGGCAGGGGAGAUAGCCUCAGGUUGUGGGGCACAUUGUGCAGCCUGACUCCUGCUGUAGCUCCCAGUCCAGGAAGAAAGAGCCAGGGCCCACCUUUGGAGUCAAAUGCCUGAGCACUGGACCCCCACCUCAACCUCCCUGUCACUGGGGUACUCUAUAUACCCACCUGCCCACAGAGAACACGGUGGUCU